AUGUAUUCACAGCACCCGGCCAUUGCGCCUCAGAAGCCUGAGACGUUCAUGCUCAGCACCGAGGCCCAGCAGGCGCUUCCCCAUGAUGCCCAGGUCGCCCUCCAGCAAGUCGACAACCUCAAGUACUUCCUCAUCUCCGCUCCCGUAGACUGGCAGCCGGAUCAGUACAUUCGACGCUUUCUGCUGCCGACGGGCGAGUACGUCUCUUGCAUCCUGUGGAACAACCUCUUCCACAUCUCGGGCACGGACAUUGUGCGAUGCCUUUCUUUCAGAUUCCAGGCCUUUGGCCGCCCCGUCAAGAACUCCAAGAAGUUCGAGGAGGGAAUCUUCUCCGAUCUCCGAAACCUCAAGUCCGGAACAGACGCCUCCCUGGAGGAACCAAAGAGCGCUUUCCUCGACUUUCUCUACAAAAACAACUGCAUCCGCACCCAGAAGAAGCAAAAGGUCUUUUACUGGUACAGCGUGCCCCACGACCGUCUCUUUCUGGAUGCUCUGGAGCGGGACCUGAAGCGGGAGAAGAUGGGCCAGGAGGCCACCACGGUCGCCGUCAGCGAGCCUGCGCUGUCCUUUCAGUACGACUCAUCGCAGUCGCUCUACGAGCAGCUGACCAAGAGCCAGCAGGCCAACUCGUCCUCCUUCAGCGCCCAGCAGUCUUCUUUUCACCCCAGCCAGUCCACCUCCCCCGUCGUGAGGGCCAUGGACUCCAUGCCUCCCCCGAGCAUGAUCCCUCACAGCAUGGCCCCUUUGGCCGAGAGCAUGGAGACCAUGGUCUCCUACGACGCCAUGACCAUGGCGCCCGCCGUCCCCCAGCAGGUCGCGGCAGUCAAGCGGGAAGCUGACUUCACUCGCGUGCACUACAACCAGAAUGGCAUUCCCAUCACUCACAACCACCACCGCCACUCCUCGAUGCCCGCCUACGGCCUGGAGUAUUCGCCCGCUCCGUCCUUUGUCUCUUCCGGAUACGAGGACUACAGCAACCGGGGCUUGUCCUUUGAGCCCAUCACUCCUCCUCAGCAGGCCCUCGGCAUGACUGCCGAGCCCGCCUACAUUGCGAACGAGGAGACUGGACUCUACUCGGCCAUUCCCGACCACCUCUCCGGCAUGUCAGGCCUCGGCGGCAUGGUGCAAAUGCCAUCCCACCUCACAGGCCCGCAGUUUCCUCGCUCCUACGGCACCAACAACAUUUACUCCGUGAUCGAGGGAUCUCCCACCUACAAGCAGCGAAGACGCCGCACGUCGAUCCCCACCUCCAUGUCCGCCAUUGCACCCACGUCGACCCCGUCUGCCCCUCACAGGCCGUCGGAUCUGCGCAGGUCAGUGUCCGUCUCCAUGGGGCCCGUCGUUGAGGGGGAGGAGUCGAGCGGCAACUCGCCCUCCAGCAUGUACGCCAACUCUCAGCACAAGGAUCUCAUGGACAUUUCAAGACACGGCAGUCCCGCCGUCCAUCCCAUGGCCCUGCAGCACGACUUCUCCCACAUCAGCGACGACAUGUCCGGUGAUGGGCGGUCCAUGAUGGGCGGCGGCAUUGUCCGACGCGCCCGGUCAGCUACUGUGAUGGAGCUGGGUCCUUACCCUCACAAGUCUCACUCCUGCCCGAUUCCCACCUGUGGUCGGCUUUUCAAGCGCCUAGAGCACCUUAAGAGGCACGUUCGAACGCACACUCAAGAAAAGCCUUACAUCUGCCCUCACUGCAGCAAAGCUUUCUCUCGGUCAGAUAACUUGGCACAGCACAAGCGCACCCACAGCCGCGAGGAUGGUGGUGAAGGCUCAUUGCAUCUGUCUGCCGAGGAGGAGGAGGAGUACUCCGGCGAGGAGCAUCUUGGAUCUGUCGAGGAAGCUUCGCCGACGUCCGAGUCGGCCUUCCAUCCCGGUUCCAUCAAUGCCGUCGUUACCAGCGGCACC